CAGGCAUGUAGUGGCUGUGAACCUAAAUGUCUCUGCAAUGGAACAAAAGGAGAACGAGGUAAUUUUGGCUUGCGAGGUUUGCAAGGACCACCUGGUCUCCCAGGAUUCCCUGGCAAUGAUGGCCCUGUUGGAAAUCAAGGAGUUUUUGGUGAUGAAGGUGACAAAGGAGCAACAGGUCCAAAGGGACAUAGAGGAGACCAGGGUUUGCCAGGCAUGCGAGGGCUUCCUGGAAUUCCGGGUCUUUUAGGACUGGAAGGAAGCAAAGGAGAUAUGGGUGCACCUGGCUGCAAUGGAACAAGGGGUCAUGAUGGAAAACCUGGAAGGCCUGGAAUUGCUGGAGGCCCUGGAGAGAUUGGUUUACCUGGUUUAAAUGGUAUUAAGGGCCAGCCUGGUGAACUGUUAUUUAUUGGCAGAAUGAAAGGUGACAGAGGUGAAGAUGGACAACAAGGAUUUCCAGGUGUUCCUGGUUUUGCUGGUUUUGCUGGAGCCAGAGGUCCACCAGGUAUAAUCGGUCCUAUGGGUGUGAAAGGUAGAAGAGGUGUAAAGGGUAGCAUUGGACCCAGAGGUGAAGAUGGUAAAGCAGUAACAGGAGACCCUGGUGAACCGGGCCCAGAUGGAGAACCUGGCCAGUAUUUGGGUCAAGUAACAAAACCAAGUGAAUACACUGGCCUUAAGGGAGACAAAGGACCACGUGGAUACCGCGGCGACCCUGGUAUGCAAGGAAUAAGUGGACAAAAGGGUCUGGAUAAUUAUCCUGGUCCCAAAGGUUUCCCAGGUGGUCAAGGCCCACCAGGAAGAAGGGGCAAACGAGGUAAAGAAGGAAGUCCAGGAGAAGCUGGUCCAAAAGGACUCACUGGAGAUAAAGGUUAUCCUGGUACUAAAGGACGUGAUGGCUUUAAGGGAGAAAGAGGAGAAAGAGGUUACCGUGGACCUAAAGGCUUUGCUGGUGGGGCUGGUCGAAAAGGUGAAGUUGGGACAGGAGAAGUAAUCAUUGUGAAAGGAGUGCGUGGUCCUCUAGGUCCCCGUGGAUAUCAUGGUCCACCUGGAAAGAGAGGUCCAACUGGAAACAGUGGUGAAAUUGGUUUCCCAGGUAUGCCUGGAGUUCCUGGACUACCUGGUCCUCCUGGUCUUGAAGGAUUACAUGGAUUUUCCUUUAAGGGCGAGCGUGGUUUCCCAGGUUUACCUGGUACUGAUGGAGUCCCUGGUGGUCCUGGACUACGAGGAAGUGUUGGUUAUGUUGGAGAUAAAGGAGAAGUAGGAGAUAGCUAUCCAGGAAAUCCAGGAGAGUCUGGUUCAUCUGGAAGAGAUGGAUUAAAUGGCCUUCCAGGUGCACCUGGUAUUCGAGGAGAUCUUGGUGAUUUUGGACCACCUGGUGAUGGAUUUGGUCCCAAGAUAGGAAUAGUUGGUCAAAAAGGUGUUUCUGGAGAUUUUGGAGAAAGGGGUUCUCCUGGAAAUCCUGGCUGGCCUGGAACAUAUGGUGGAAAAGGUGAACGUGGUGAUGACUGUGAAUUCUGCAGGUCUGGAUAUCCUGGAGUUAAGGGAGAAGUUGGUGUACCUGGAAGAUCCGGUCGUCCUGGUUUUGAUGGGCCUGAUGGUCUUCCAGGAAUAACAGGAGAGAAGGGAUAUUCUGGUAUUCCUGGCUUACCUGGAUCUCCUGGUACGAAGGGUUCAAGAGGAUUCCCAGGCCCACUAGGUUUACAAGGAAGAAAAGGAGAAAAAGGUGAUUAUGUCUAUGUAAAAGGAAGUAAAGGUGCACCUGGUGAUGUUGGAAUUCCUGGAGCUUAUGGCCAAAGUGGAAAAUCUGGAGAUGUUGGCUUUAGAGGUCGAUCAGGCCCUGCUGGAUAUCCAGGAGAAACGGGAGUCCCUGGACGUAUUGGAAUUGAUGGUCUGGAUGGUCUACCAGGUUCGCCUGGUCUGCCUGGUUUAGAUGGUCUUCCUGGAGAGUCUUAUGGUGGUUUGCCUGGUGAUAAAGGAGAACGUGGUUUGCCAGGUUUUCCUGCCUUUGGCAUUGCUGGACAAAAAGGUGAACCAGGAGAUUUAUCUUUCUUUGACGUUGUUAAUGGAGACAGAGGCCAUCCUGGAAUUGAUGGAUUACCUGGAGAACCAGGUCUUGAUGGUCGUCCGGGCUCUGAGGGUCGGCCAGGCUUCCCUGGUGCAGUUGGUGAACCUGGAGAUAGUGGUAUCAAUGGAAUUGAUGGCACAAGAGGUGAAGGGGGAACUGAAGGCUAUCCAGGAAUGAUGGGUAGCCCAGGACCAAAAGGAUUUCAAGGAGACCCUGGACUGGAAGGGAAACCUGGUUUGAUAGGUAGACCUGGAUCAAAGGGAGAGCCUGGACAAUCUUAUGGAAGAGGUCCACCAGGUAAACAAGGUGAUGAUGGAUUACCUGGAUUACCUGGCCCUAGAGGUCCAUCUGGUUUUGCAGGAUUACCUGGACCAAAAGGAUACCCUGGAUUUCCUGGUGAUGAAGGUCGACCAGGAUUACCUGGAACCCCAGGUGGUUCCUACCCAGGUCAGGAUGGUGUUCCAGGAUUAAGAGGACCAUCUGGUGAUGAUGGUCUAUCUGGUUUGCCAGGCAGCCCAGGAGAGGAUGGCCGACAAGGAUUACCUAGUAGAAUUGGAGAUAUUGAGGAUCGAGGAGAUCCUGGAUAUCCUGGUGAUGAUGGACCUCCGGGUAAAACUGGAUUUCCUGGCCAACCAGGAAAAGAUGGUCCUAGAGGCUCAGAUGGAUUCAGUGGUACAAAAGGUGAUCGAGGAUUUAAUGGUAGACCUGGUGUGAAAGGUCUUUCUGGUAUACCUGGAAGAGAUGGAAUAAAAGGUGAACGUGGAAAUGAUGGAUUACCAGGUGCUAAUGGACGUGAUGGUAAAAAUGGAUAUGAUGGUAGACGUGGAGACCCUGGUUUCCCUGGUGAUGAAGGUGCCAGAGGAGAAGCAGGUUUACAGUAUGCUGCAGAAAAAGGAGACCAUGGAUUCCCAGGAGCUGAUGGUUUACCUGGAGCUAAUGGUCUGGAUGGCUUGAAUGGACUUAUAGGAAGGAAAGGAGAACCAGGAGAUAUAACUAGAAGUAGGAAAGGUGACCCUGGUGAGACUGGCCUUCCUGGUUUGCCUGGUUUACAAGGAGCAAGUGGUACAAAAGGAUAUCCAGGAGAAAUUGGACUUGUGGGUCUGGAUGGUAUAAAUGGAGAAGAUGGUCUUCCUGGCCCAGCUGGAUUGCCCGGCAGAAGUGGUGCCAUGGGUAAAAAAGGCAGCAGAGGAAGACGCGGAGGACAAGGAAGAGAUGGUUUCCCUGGAGCUCCAGGAGAUGAUGGAUUUAACGGACUACAAGGACUUAAAGGUGCUUAUGGUGACCCAGGUUCAGAUGGUGUCCCUGGAGUUCCAGGACGGAAAGGUGAAAUUGGUAAUCCUGGUAGGGAUGGGUACCCUGCAUCUCCUGGUAAUCCUGGAUAUGAUGGAGAGCCGGGUCUCCCUGGCCUCCCUGGUGUCGAUGGACCAUCAGGUGAAAAAGGAGACCGAGGUACUGUUGGUCUAAGUGGUCUGAAAGGUGAACAAGGAGAACCUGGUUUCCCAGGUCCUGAUGGUCUUGAUGGUUUGGAUGGACCGCCUGGUGAAAGAGGUGAUGGAUUGAGUAAUGUUCAAGCUCCUGAUCAUGGAAAUCCUGGUGAUCCCGGCAGGAGAGGUGAAGCAGGUAAUGCUGGUACUCCAGGUCAGAAUGGAUCAAAUGGCUUCAAAGGAGAACAAGGACUUCCAGGUACUUCUCUUGAUGGUUACCCAGGUGUUCGAGGAGAUGAUGGUCUACCAGGAUUGCCCGGUGAUAAUGGUUUGCCAGGUCGUGAUGGUGUUCCUGGUUUACCUGGAUUUCCAGGAGAACCAGGGGACAGGGGAUACCCUGGAUUGGCUGGAAAUGAUGGACUUCCAGGACUAACUGGAGACUUAGGAAUACAUGGAUACCCAGGUGUUGAUGGAUCACCUGGACGUCCAGGACCAAAAGGAAGCUCAGGAUUCCCUGGUCCAGAGGGAUUGAACGGACAGCCAGGAAUAAAUGGAUUGACUGGUCUUCCUGGAACAGAUGGAUUACCUGGAUUACCCGGUGAUGAAGGUAUACCUGGUGAACCUGGUCUCCCACCAUACUCUGAAAAGGGUGCUCAAGGGGAUCCAGGCUUUGAUGGACCAAGAGGAGAUUCUGGCCUUAGAGGAUUGCCAGGUGAUGUAGGCCUUGAUGGCAUUCCAGGAUUGCCAGGAAGCAGAGGUUCAAGAGGACUUCCAGGUGUCGAUGGAUUGAAUGGAGCUGAUGGACAUUUAGGUAAUCCUGGUAUUUCAGGUUUAACUGGACUUCCAGGUAGUCAAGGUCUCCCUGGUGAUCAAGGACCUCCAGGUCCAGAUGAUGGAGCAUUGGGAAUUUUAUUUGCCAGACACAGCCAGAGUACUGGAGUCCCUGAGUGUCCUGUAAGAUCAACAAAACUCUGGGCAGGAUACUCUCUUCUUUUCUUAAUUGGCAAUGGACGUUCAGCAUCACAAGAUUUAGGUCAGCCUGGUAGCUGCUUAAGGAGAUUUAAUACAAUGCCUUUCAUGUUCUGUAACUUAAACAACAGAUGCACUGUUGCAUCCCGUAAUGACUACAGUUACUGGCUAUCAACACCUGAACCUAUGACAAGGAUGAUGACACCCAUAGAAGGUGAAGAUAUUCGAUCUUAUAUUAGUAGAUGUGCAGUUUGUGAAACAACAUCACAGGUCCUAGCAGUGCACAGCCAAACGAUCAUGAUCCCUGAUUGUCCUACUGGUUUCCAAACAAUGUGGAUUGGGUACAGUUUCAUUAUGUACACAAGUGGUGUUAUUGAAGGGUCAGGUCAACCACUUGAAUCACCUGGUUCCUGUCUUGAAGAUUUCCGAAACCAACCAUUUAUUGAAUGCCAGGGUGGUCGUGGCUCCUGUAAUUAUUAUUCAACAUCAGUAUCUUUCUGGAUGGCUACAAUUGACCGUUCAGCUCAGUUCUCACGACCUUUGAGUGAAACACUGAAGGCUGGUGCACAACGUCGACGUGUAGGCAGAUGCAAAGUGUGUAUGCGAGUAUCUUAACCUAGUGUUACUGUUCUAUCACUGAAUUACAGCCUAAGACUAUGAUAAUAAAAAAAAAUCACACUAAUUCAAGUAACAAAUGAACAACAUUCAAAUUGAGGGGAGAAUGUAUACUAAGUCAAUGCAACAUUGCUAAGCUACUAAGAUCAAUAUUAUUUUUCUUGCUGAUGACAACAAUAUUGAAUUGUGGUUGCAUCUUCAGUUAAUUAAUAUUCGUUUUUGUAAUAUAUUAGAAGCUGAUCUACUGAUGUUUAUUCAGUUCUUCAAAUGGUGCUAAUACUGUGUCAACAUCUUUUGGAAACUAAAAACUGAAGGAAUCCUCUUUUCACUAUUGUUAUAUUUUUUCUUUUAUAAAGCUAAAGUCUAAAAGUACUAUAUGACUUUUUUUCUUAUUUACUCCCUGAUACAAACAGUCAUACACACAAACACAAAUAAAUGCAUAUGUGUGCAUUUUCUCACAUAUACACUCAUAUGUUUCUAUCUCUCUUUCUACAUGCACACACACACACAUACACACACACACAAACACACACACACAAAUGUGUGAAUGUGUGUGUGUAUGGUAGGUUUAAAUAUGUCAAUAUGUGUGUAUUAAUAUUGAUGUGAUGGCCUGCUUUCCUAUUUAAUUGUAAUGGGGUUUUCGAACAUCUCACACAUGUAUAAUAAUAUAUAUCUGCUGUCUUUAUCAAAGUUUGAAAUCACUGCCAGAACUCUCAAGUUUUUACAAAGAAAAAUAUUUUAAUGUCUCAGCAUAUGUGGGGAAAAAUGAAAAUAUAUUUACUUCUUAGGCAUUUAUGUUAACAUACUUUCUCUUUUGAAAAUACAUGCAAUAUUCUUCAACCUAAAGCACGUGAUAAUAUGAGGGAAUUUCUUUCUUGAAAUGCUUAUAUGAUUUACAAAGAUACAAGGUUUUAAAAGUAUAUUGUUAUUCAUGUUUUAUUUUUUUAGUUUGUUUUUGUUUUUAUUAAAGCAUCUGAACAAAGUCUAGUUAUAUUUAAUUGGUAAAAUAAAGGCAAUAGUUUACAUUCACCCUCUGAUACUUUUAAUAAAACAUUAAUAUACUGUAGGUUUUUCAGUUUUUUUUGUUCUUGUAUUUUUUUAACUGGAUGGUCAUGUUUGUUUCCAAAUAAAUGAUAUAAAAACAUUUUCUUAA